AUGGUGGCGGAAGAUGAUUUUAAUGUCUUUGAAGAGGCAGAACAGUUUUACACGGGAACACGAUGGCGUAAUCAGUUUACUUGCAUGGCUAAGCUGCCAGCCCACCUGCAAGAGAUAAUUGAUAAUAAAAAGAGUGUGCUACAGAGGUACGAUCUUUAUGCACAGAGUUGUUACGGCGGUGGAGAUUCAAAACAGCUUAUCGAGUUCAAUAAGAAAGCUGAAGAACCUAGUAAAGCCAUGAUUAAGAAGGUAUAUAAUUAUGCGGGCGGUCAGCAUUCGGUGAUGGAGAGACAAGAACAAUUAAUUUCACAAAAACCCAGCUGGCAUGCUCCCUGGAAGCUCAUACGGGUUAUCAAUGGCCACAUUGGAUGGGUCAGAUGUGUUGAAGUAGACCCCGUUGACAAUGCUUGGUAUGCGACCGGUAGCAACGACACUAGUAUCAAAGUGUGGGAUUUGGCCUCUGGUAAAUUGAAACUGACACUAUCUGGCCAUAUAAUGACCGUCAGAGAUCUGGCUAUCUCGGAACGACAUCCCUACAUGUUUUCUGCAAGUGAGGAUAAAACAAUCAAGUGUUGGGACCUGGAGAAAAACAUGGUAAUCAGAAACUAUCAUGGUCAUCUAUCAGGGGUGCAUACCGUAUCCUUACACCCUACAUUGGACCUUGUAGUAUCCGCUGGGCGGGAUAGUGUCGUGAAAUUGUGGGACAUGCGAACCAGAGUACCCGUGAUGAACCUUAUCGGUCACAAGAGUCCCAUUAAUAAGGUUCGCUGUCUACCGGUAGACCCCCAGAUAAUAAGCUGCUCAACCGAUGCCAACAUACGUUUGUGGGAUAUAACAGCGGGCAAAAGUGCCAAGAUCCUAACGCACCAUAAGCGAUCAGUCAGAGAUUUUGCACUACAUCCAUCCGAAUUCUCCAUGGCCUCAGCUUGUACUGAUGAUAUAAGGUCAUGGAAACUUCCUGAAGGGAUUCUACUGACGAAUUUUCAGUCGACAUCAACGGGCAUUAUCAACUCUCUAAGCAUUAACCAUGACGAUGUCCUGUUUGCGGGUGGAGAUGAUGGCACCUUAUCAUUUUACGACUACAAAUCAGGUCACAAGUACCAAUCCCUACUCACCACAGAAAUUCCUGGAUCUCUAGAGAGUGAACGCGGUAUUCUGUGCAGUAGUUUUGACCAGACCGGCCUGCGGUUGAUAACCGGGGAAAUAGACAAGAGCAUCAAGAUAUGGAAGCAGGAAGAAAGCGCUACACCAGACAGCAAUCCAGGGCUCCCAUGGAACCCAGCGAUGUCGUCGCAGAGAUUCUGA